AUAGACCCAGGGACCGGAAAGGUGUUUGCAACUUGUCCAACCAACAAGGCUCUCGAUGUUGAUGCAUAUGUUAAAACGUCGCACGAGGCCUUUUCCAAGUAUCGCCACGUCAAUCCCCGCGUCCGAGCCAAGAUACUUUUGAAAUGGCACGACUUAAUUGGUGAGGCUCGUGAAGACAUUGCCAAGCUCGUUACCUACGAAACGGGUAAGCCACUCGCAGAGGCCCGUGGCGAAGUUGACUAUGCCCUUGGCUUUGCUUGGUGGUUUGCAGGGGAAGCAGAGAGGAUCCGAGGAUCUAUCGCUAUCCCCUCCAUCUCGGAGCGACGUACCUUUGUCGUCAAGCAGCCCAUCGGCGUGGCCGUCGCACUUGUCCCCUGGAACUUUCCAGUUGCCAUGAUCAUUCGGAAAGUCGCCGCCGCUCUCGCAGCGGGCUGUAGCAUGAUCGUGAAACCGUCACCAGAAACGCCCCUUAGCACCUUGGCGCUUGCCGACCUUGCCCUCCGCGCUGGCGUUCCGCCUGGUGUUCUCAACGUCAUCACAACGGAUAACGACAAUACGCCAGAUGUAAGCGAGAGUCUCUGCAAACACCCGCUCGUCCGCAAGGUGACCUUUACCGGCAGUACGGCGGUUGGCAAGCUUAUUGCGAGACACUGUACCGACGGCCUUAAGAAGGUCACACUUGAGCUAGGUGGCAAUUGCCCGUUCAUCGUUUUUGACGAUGGGGACCUUGAACAGGCUGUGUCGGCCUUGAUGAUCCUAAAGUGGCGUACCGCUGGACAAGCUUGCACUCAUGCCAAUCGGGUCUAUGUUCAAAGUGGCGUCUACGACAAGUUCGCAAGCAUGAUCCUCGAAGCGACACAAAAGCUUCGUGUCGGUCACGGCGCCGAGUCGACUACCACAAUGGGGGCUCUUACCACUCCCCGCGGCAUUCAGAAGUUGGAAAACCACAUUGCCGACGCUGUUUCCAAGGGAGGCAAGAUUCUCUGUGGCGGGAAAAGACCAGACCAUGAUGGUUAUUUCUUCGAGCCCACCAUCAUCUCUGGCAUGACCUCGUCCAUGUUGACGACGAAUGAAGAGAUCUUUGGCCCGCUUCUUGGCUUAUACAAGUUCAACACAGAAGAGGAGAUUGUCAAGGCUGCGAACGACACCUCCAUGGGUCUUGCGUCCUACUUCUUCACGAGCGACACGAGCAGAACCUGGAGGCUGCUCGAGAGCCUCGAGGCAGGCAUGAUUGGGAUGAACACGGGUAACUCUUCGGGAGCAGAGUCUCCUUUUGGGGGCAUCAAGGAAUCGGGGUAUGGCAAAGAGGCUGGAAAGGACGUUGCCAUCGAGGAGUACCUCAUUGCCAAGACUGGUACUUUGACAGUUGGGUCAAUGGCCAAAUUGUAG